UUUAGGCAAGCAGAGCAGAGUGGGACUGAGUGAGGAGGAGACGUGUGCACACCACAGCCACUCCACAGAGCCAAGGCAGGAGAAGAGUUUGCAAGGAGACAAUAAAAGCAAGAGAGCUGUUUUUUUUUUUUUUUUUUUUUUUGGGGGGGGGGAGGAUACCAAACUGAAAAACAAAAAUAGAAGACCUAAAAACAGGAUUUGCCUUGCUAAACUCCUAAGAGGAAAUUAGAUUUGUUUUACUUAUAUUCACUAAAAAUUUCGACAUUUUUAUUUCAGCAGGACUCCUUAGGAGGUGGACAGAAAGAAAUAAGUCAGGCUGGCGACUAUGCCAGGCAGAGGGAUUUUUUUUGGCAUGGGCAAGCUGGAGCUAUUCAUGUGGGCCAUGAUGCUGUGCGCCCUACUGACGGGAAGCGCGGGUGCCUGCCCUGCCCUGUGUACCUGCAGCGGCACCACAGUCGACUGCCAUGGACUGGGGCUCAGGACCAUGCCCAGGAAUAUCCCACGCAACACUGAGAGGCUGGAGCUGAAUGGUAACAAUCUUACACGCAUCACCAAGAGUGACUUCGCUGGGCUCAAAUACAUCCGAGUUCUGCAGCUGAUGGAGAAUCAGAUUACUGUGAUCGAGCGUGGGGCUUUUGAUGACAUGAAGGAGCUCGAGAGACUGCGCCUGAACCGUAAUCAACUGCAGCAGCUUCCCGAAUUGCUCUUUCAGAAGAACCCUGGCCUGUCUCGAUUAGAUCUGAGCGAGAACCUAAUCCAGUCCAUCCCAAGAAAAUCUUUCAGAGGAGCUACAGACAUAAAAAACCUUCAGUUGGAUAAAAACCACAUCGGCUGCGUCGAGGACGGCGCCUUCAGAGCUUUGCGAGGCUUGGAAGUUCUAACCCUGAACAACAACAACAUCAGCAGCAUCCCAGUUUCCAGCUUCAACCACAUGCCCAAACUGCGAACCUUCCGUCUCCACUCCAACAAUCUCAACUGUGACUGUCAUCUGGCCUGGUUGGCCCAGUGGCUCCGACAGCGGCCUACCAUUGGUCUGUUCACUCAGUGCACAGCACCGCCCGAGCUCAAAGGUCUCAAUGUGGCCGAGGUUCAGAAACAUGAAUUCAGCUGCUCGGGUCACCAGUAUUCCUCCAGUCCACAACCGUGCAACACAGGUGGAGGUUCCUGUCCCGCCAUGUGUACCUGCAGCAACAACAUCGUGGACUGCAGAGGGAAAGGUCUGACUGACAUCCCUGCCAACCUGCCGGACAGCAUGGCUGAAAUACGUCUGGAGCAGAAUGGGAUUAAGGUAGUUCCUCUAGGAGCCUUCUCUCCCUACAAGAAGCUGCGCAGGAUAGACCUGAGCAACAACCAGAUCUCGGAGAUAGCUCCUGACGCCUUCCAGGGUCUGCGCUCCCUCAACUCGCUCGUGCUGUAUGGAAAUAAGAUCACCGACCUGCCUAAGGGUGUCUUUGAUGGCCUCUAUGCCCUGCAACUGCUUUUGCUGAACGCCAACAAGAUUCACUGCGUCCGUGCCAACACCUUCCAGGACCUGCAGAACCUCUCGCUGCUGUCGCUGUAUGACAACAAGAUCCAAACUCUGGCCAAGGGUACCUUCGCUUCACUGCGAGCCAUACAGACCCUUCACCUGGCCCAGAAUCCAUUCAUUUGCGACUGUAACUUGAAGUGGCUGGCCGACUACCUGCGCUCCAACCCCAUCGAGACCAGCGGCGCCCGCUGCGCGAGCCCCCGUCGGCUGGCCAACAAACGCAUCGGGCAGAUCAAGAGCAAGAAAUUCCGCUGCUCCGCCAAGGAGCAGUACUUCAUCCCAGGUGCCGAGGACGCCCGGCUGAAUAACGCCUGCAACAGCGAUCCGGUGUGUCCUCCCAAGUGCCGCUGCGAGUCCAGCGUUGUGGACUGCUCCAACCUGAAGCUCACCAAGAUCCCCGAGCACAUCCCGUCAUCCACCACUGAGCUGCGCCUCAACAACAAUGACAUCACCACUCUGGAGGCCACUGGAGUGUUCAAGAGCCUUACCCAGCUAAAGAAAAUCAACCUUAGUAACAACAAGAUCACAGAGGUUGAGGACGACGUGUUCGAGGGCGCCUCGUCCGUCAACGAGCUUCACCUCACAGCCAAUCAGAUCGACACGGUCCGGAGCGAGAUGUUCCGUGGCCUGGAGGGUCUGCGCAUGCUAAUGCUCAGGAAUAACAAGAUCAGCUGUGUCCACAAUGACAGCUUCACGGGCCUGCACAACGUGCGUCUGCUGUCUCUCUACGACAACCAGUUGACCACCAUCACCCCUGGAGCCUUCGAUACCCUGCAGACCCUCUCCACCCUAAACCUUCUGGCCAACUCGUUCAACUGCGAUUGCCGGCUGUCCUGGCUGGGAGACUGGCUAAGGAGCAGGAAGAUCGUUACGGGUAACCCUCGCUGCCAGCGUCCAGCCUUCCUCAAGGAGAUCCCCCUGCAGGAUGUGGCGCUGCCUGAUUUCCGCUGCGAGGAAGGCCACGAGGAGUCAAGCUGUGUGCCCAGACCUCAGUGCCCCAGCGAGUGCACUUGCCUGGAGACAGUGGUUCGCUGCAGUAACAAGCACCUCCACAUGUUGCCCAAAGGAAUCCCCAGAAACGUGACGGAACUGUAUCUGGAUGGAAACCAGUUCAGUGUGCUACCAAAAGAGCUGUCCUCCUUUAAAUUCCUUCAGCUGGUGGACCUGAGCAACAACAAGAUCAACUCUCUGACCAACGCGUCUUUCGCCAACAUGAGCCAGCUUACCACUCUAAUCCUGAGCUACAACUCCUUGCGGUGCAUUCCUAAAAUGGCCUUCAGUGGGCUGCACUCCCUCCGACUACUGUCUCUCCAUGGCAACGAAAUCUCAGAGCUUCCUGAUGGCAUCUUCGGCGACGUGGCCUCACUCUCCCAUUUAGCAAUCGGUGCCAACCCGCUGUACUGCGACUGCCGCCUGCGCUGGCUGUCUGACUGGGUCAAGACUGGAUACAAAGAGCCCGGCAUCGCCCGCUGUGCUGGUCCACGUGGCCUGGAGGGCAAACUGCUGCUCACCACACCGGCAAAGAAGUUUGAAUGCACGGGUGAGGUGGAUACAGCAGUGCUGGCCAAGUGUAACCCAUGUCUGUCCAGCCCGUGUCAGAACCAAGGCAUUUGUCAUAGCGACCCGGUGGAUAUCUACAGGUGCAACUGCGCUCCGGGAUUCAAGGGCAAGAACUGCGAGACGACUCUGAACGCCUGCGUGAGCAACCCUUGUGCCAACGGAGGGCGAUGCCAAGUGAAUCAGGAGUUGGAGGAGGAGGGACAGUACAGCUGCACAUGCCCGCUGGGGUUCGAGGGCACCGUCUGCCAGACCAACAUUGACGACUGCGAAGACAACGACUGUGAGAACGGUGCCACCUGCGUGGACGGAGUCAACAACUACACUUGUUUUUGUCCCCCCUACUACACAGGGGAGAUGUGUGAGGAAAUGGAGGACGUGUGCGCCCCAGGACGAAGCCCCUGCCGACAUCGGUCGACCUGCCUCAUCACCUCCUCUGGGCCCAAGUGUGUGUGCGCUCCUGGUUAUGUGGGUGACGACUGCAGUGUGGACUACGACGACUGCCAAGAGCAUCGCUGUCAGAAUGGAGCCCAGUGUGUGGACGAACUGAACGGGUACACGUGCCGGUGUCAACAAGGUUACAGAGGCCAAUUGUGUGAGGUUCCUCCUUCGCUGCUGUCCCUGUGCGAGCUGGCCGACUGUCAGAACAGCGCCCCCUGUGUGGAGCGGGCCGGCCGCGCCCUCUGCCAGUGUCCUCCGGAGUUUGGCGGGCCGCGCUGCGAGAAGCUGGUCAGCGUCAACUUUGUGGACAGAGACUCCUACCUGCUGCUCUCCGACCUCAAGAACUGGCCGCAGGCCAACAUCACCCUACAGGUAUCCACGGCAGAGGAUAACGGCAUCCUCUUGUACAACGGAGACAAUGAUCACAUUGCGGUGGAGCUGUACCAGGGUCACGUAAAGGUCAGCUACGACCCAGGCAGCCAGCCCGGCCACGCCAUCUACAGCGCCGAGACCAUCAACGACGGUCAGUUCCACACGGUGGAGCUCGUCACGUUGGACCAGAUGGUGAACCUGUCCAUCGACGGGGGUCUCCCCACCACCAUGGACAGCUUCGGGGCGGUGCGGCCCCUCAACGGAGAGGCUCCACUAUACGUGGGGGGUAGGGGCCCUCUCCAGAACACACCUCCCUCCUCUUCAGGGAUGCCCGUGGGCGUGCACCCAGGCGCUUUCCGCCUGUGGCAGGUCCAGAAUAGCUCCAGUUUCCAUGGCUGCAUCCAGAACCUGUACAUCAACAACGAGCUCCAGGACUUCACCAAGACCCAGAUGAAGCCCGGCGUGGUGCCGGGCUGCGAGCCGUGCAAGAAGAUCUACUGCGUGCACGGCAUCUGCCAGCCCGACGGCCUCCAGGGGCCCGUGUGCCACUGCCGGCCGGGAUGGGCCGGACCGCAGUGUGACCAGCCCGCCGGCAACCCCUGUCAAGGCAGCAAAUGUGUCCACGGCCGGUGCAUACCGCUGGACAGUCAAUCGUACCGCUGCGAGUGUAGCGAAGGAUACCGCGGUGCGCUGUGCAACCAACAGGGAGAGCUGUUCAACCCCUGCCGCCGGCUGUCCUGCGAACACGGCCGCUGCCACAUCUCGGACACGGGAGACGCCUACUGUCACUGUGAAAGUGGCUAUACUGGGGAGCUCUGUGACGCAGAAUCGGCGUGCCGUGGCGAGCCCAUGCGGGACUUCUACCAGGUGCAGCGGGGCUACGCCAUCUGCCAGACGACACGCACCGUGUCCUGGGUGGAGUGCAGCGGCGCGUGCGAGGCGGGCACCUGCUGCGCCAGCCAGCGGAUGAAGCGCCGGAAAUACACGUUCGAGUGCAGCGACGGUACCACCUUUAGCGAGGAGGUGGAGAAGAGCAUCAAGUGCGGCUGCGUGGGCUGCGACGUCUAGAACGUGAUGGAAAAGAGAGAUUCUAAAGAAUAUAUAUAUAUAUAAAACCUCUAUCUAUAUAUUAAGGACUCUGACGCUUGUAAAAUAGGACAUGUGCUUUGUGAGCUACAGUAUCACAGAGUGUCAACUCAAAAGGCUCCCGAGAUUUCCACCCCCAAACAGGAGUGAGGACAGUGGGGGGAAUGAAAGAAGAAGAGAGCUGGACAAUUGGCCAAGCCGAGUUUGUUUGUUUAUUUGUCAGUCAACCACAAACAUCCACACACACACACACACAUCAAAAGAAGUUUGAGUGGCACAUAAUCAAGUGCGGAUGCGGUGACUUCAAGUAUACAGUGUACAUGAGUUUCCGGGCUUGACAAGUCCCGCAGCAUGUAUUGCCCCCUCCCUCCAACAGGGGGCCAUCUUUCGUCAACUCCUCUUGACGCCUACAGUAUUAAAAACAAGAGGAGCAAAAGAUCACAGAUUUAAAAAGAAAAAAAAAAACGUAAAACUUGUAAUUGAUUGUUUUCUGUUGUAUCAGCUUAAUUUCUCAUUUUUGUUUGUUCUAUUUUAUUUCAACAUGUAACCAAAAAAAAAAACUCGCCGUUUAUAUAGAAAUGCCUAACAGAUUCUAAUAUAUAUAUAUAUUUGUAUUUCUUUUUUUUUUUUUUUUUUUUUUUGGUAUAGUAUUUUUCUAUGUUAAGUGGAAGAUUGGCGGUAAAAGGCGUUGGCUUUUUUAUUAUUAUUUGUCCAACAUUUAAUGCCAAGUAGUAAUGGACCACACACACACGCACACGUGCAUCUAUAAAAAAUGUUAGAAUAUGGUGGGAAGCUUUUAGUCCAAAUCAAAAAGUGAAACUCAAACAAAUUUAUGAAACACUUUUUUAGACCCUUUUUUUUAAAACAAUAUUUUUAGAAGACCAAUUCUUACCUAAUUUCUAUAUUAAAAAUGUUUUAGAUUUUUCUUGUACUGGUUAAAGGUGACUUUUAAGUUUCCGUUUGCUGUAAGCUAUGAUGAUUGAAAUGAUAAUAAAUAUGCUGAUUUCACUUUUUGAAUUGAGCUACUGAAAUUGAAUUUUCUACCAUAUUCCAAUGUAUUGCGAUGCACUUGUACACUUAUAAGAGCCACUGCUGGUCUGCUCUGGAACUCUGUCGUUGAAUAUUGUAUAUGUUGUCUUCCAUGUGAAUAUUACGUCCCGUUCGUGAGCGCCUCAGCUUGUUUUCACUCCUCUUUUUAUUUAUUUUUUUGUACGGCGAUGCAUUUAAGCGUGCGUUGCAUUUUUCCUAUUUUCAAAAAUGUCAAAAAGAAGAAAAAGAUAAAAAAUUAAUUUAAAAAUUACAUUAAAAAAAUGAAGCUGAAGUUCAACAUGCAUCAUAAUAAGCUGCUGUCAAGCAUGAUUUGUGUUAGGAAAAUAACACAACCGUGCAACCCCUCUGACACAAUGAAAGGUCAGGACAUUUUCUAGCUGGUAUUAAAAAAAAAAAAAGUAACGUUUUAUUGAGGUGCCAAUUGCAGUGAGCACAUAGCUGAAUGUAUAAAUGUGUACAGAUAAUAAAUAUGCUUAUUCAUGAAGUGGUAACUUUUAGCUGUCUUUUAGUUUAGAAUGGAUCACAUACUGUUCUGGAAUUCGGAUUCUGGUGAUCAUGUAACCGUGCGGACGCUCACCGUCCUCCUUAUUGGCUGUGUGCCUCAUAAAGGCACACCUUUCGUGGAAUGUGACUUUUAUUUUUCUUGGCUUCCGUUGGUUCACGUCUCCUUGGUGUACAAGUACAACUUCCUGGUAGCCAUCUUAGUGGUGCUUGUGCUAUAUUGAGAUGUACUGUAACUCAAUCAGUAAAACUCUCCAUCCUAUGAGCUAUGAUAUACAUAACUAUGUUCAUGUAAACCACACGAUGUUGUAAAAAGAUUUUGCUUCUCUUUGUCACACGACUUGAUGGUGGGAUUGAAGCGAAAUAAGUCCCAAAAUGAUGCUGAAUGUAUGUAGUGCCACCGACAAAAUGUUUACCAAAAUUCCACUCUUUUCAUUCAUUAAACUUCUAUGUGUGUGCUUUUAA